GCACUACUAACAGUUAUUAGUCCACGAGCAGCCUUUGAAGAUGAACAGCUCGCUGUAUUUAAUCUCAUGAAAUGAAGGGGCGGGCUGUAGUAGCAUUUCCUCCUCACAUACUGCGCUGACCCUCCGAUACCCCCGCCGACUGGACACACGCCUCCGGAGCAACAAGCCUCGCUGGGGAAAACGAGCUUUAUCUGCUGUUAAGGAGAGAUGGGCAGCUUGUAUAAGGAUGAGCAGGACAACUGGAUCACAGUGUGUCUCAAGUACCUCCUCUUCGUUUUCAACUUCCUGUUCUGGAUGGGCGGUGGGGUGGUAAUGGGUGUCGGGAUCUGGACACUGGUCGAUAAAGGAGAGUACCUGAGCCUGCUGGCCUCCAGUACAUUCGCCGUGUCCGCCUACAUCCUGAUCCUGGCAGGAGGGCUAGUGAUGGUCACGGGGUUCUUGGGCUGCUGCGCCGUCAUACGUGAGCAGAGGAGCUGUCUGUCCACGUACUUCUCCUGUCUGCUUCUGAUCUUUCUAAUUGAGCUGGUGGCUGGUGUUCUGGCCUACGUUUAUUACCAGUCGCUGAGUGAAGAGCUAAAGCAGCACUUGAGCAAGACGAUGACAGAGAACUAUGCCCAACCUGGAAAAGAGAGCAUCACACAUUCUGUGGACAGACUACAGCAGGAUUUCAAGUGCUGCGGGAGCAACAACUCCUUUGACUGGGCGCACAGUGUGUACAUCAUGUCCCCAAAAGCGGAGAAAAGAUUGGUCCCUGACAGCUGCUGUAAGACCACCACCCCUCAGUGUGGAAAGAGAGACCACCCCUCAAACAUCUACAAGGUGGAGGGCGGCUGUAUCACUAAACUGGAGCAGUUUCUGGCAGAUCACUUGCUCAUUAUUGGUGCUGUGGGAAUAGGUGUGGCCUGUCUACAGCUGGUAGGAGCAGUGUUGACUGCCUCCUUUAUUUAUCUCCUUUAUAAAGAAGAGGAAGAAGACUUUUCUGAUGUUUGACUGGCUAGUGCCAAUGUUUGACUCCUGAAGCGCUAUGCGUUGAGAAGAUUUGUGGAAUGGUGUUCACCUGUUGCCUGCACAGGCGAAUUAAACUGGACCCAUACUGAUGGCUCAGAAAAGUUACAUGCCUUUCCUGACACUCCAACACACACAAACACAGCCUUACUACCCUUUCCAUUUUAAACUGCAUCACCAAAUCCAUUUACAUUAAUAUAAGGGCUUUAUUAUCUUUUAUUGGCUACAUUUUUAGACAAAUGUUGCUAUUGUUAUUGAAUCCGUAUGAUCCUAAUAGUCUUGAAAGAUAUGGGAUAUUGCCCUAUGUCAUUUAGAUCAGAAAAAAACUCUAAUUUUCACUUUAAGUAAAUUUUAAUAUAUCAGAGUAUUUUUUAUUAACCAUAUAUUUGCUAUGAUUCACUCAUAUUAAAUGUAUGUAAUGUGCUGCUAAAUCUUAAGCAGGUGUGGGAACCUGCUUAUAGGCACAAAAUACACUGGACCAAAGUCAAGACCAUUUAUUAUUAUAUUUUCCUAAAACAUGUAUGACGCUGGUAGAAAUAUCACUGUUUAGCAUGUUUAAGGUAUUCAUAUUCUGGGGAUAAAUGCCAUUAUGUCCACUGUAUCAUAUACACUGAGAAAAAACUGAAACUGAAACAAUUUGCAAGUCAUUUUGGCAAAUAAUGACAAAAAUAACAAGUAAAGAGUGAAUUAAACAGUACAUUUUGAAGUAGAAAUACUGAUAUAAUAUUUUCUUGUGAAACUCCAAUAAUCAUUAUUUUAUUUACAUCUUGAAUUUUUUUUUUUUUACAGUGUAGUAAUAAUUAUUAUUUUGCCAUUACAGUAAACAAGUGUCUUUUAAAUCUGUGGAUCUCUUCAGUAGCUAAUCCUGAAUUAUAUAUCAAUUUACAGAUUAAAUAAAUCCUACUGUGUAAUGUAAAUUCUGUCAGUUGUUACACUUUGUGUUAAAUAUCAUUAACAAAAAAAGAUGAAGCUGCUUUUUGAGCCUUAAUGAUUUCCCUGAAUGAUGGAUUGGCUGAAUAUUAUGCUUAUCUUAUAAGAGAUUUUAUUGAAUGUAUGAACUCCCAUUUAGGGUCAUGUUCUGAAAUUUUCAGCUGAUUGAAGGAGAAGAAUGAGCACCAUUCCACUGCAUUGCAACACACCAAUCACAGCUGCAAAAUCUUAAUGUAGUUGCCACAGCAACAUCAGCCUUAUUGAAAUUCAAUGUCAUUUGGGGAAAAAAUGGUUAGAAAAAAGA